CAUUGGAAAACUCCUUCUUCACCUUCUGAAUUCUUCAUAUUCAAUUUGUCAUUGGCUCCCCUUUUCCAACUUGUCAUUGCCACUUCUCCUUGACAACCUAAACAUGCUUAAUAAAAGGCAAACCUCGUUUCCAAAGAGUCCAGUUUCCCUUCCAACGUCUUCAAGGUAUCGUGUGCAUAGUGCUCCACCAACUUCUGAAGGAAGAAUUCCAUUAAGUGGAGGAAGACUUCCGCCAAUUGUAAAGAAUAAAAGUGUAGAACGUGGAAUAUACAUGGAGAAGCCAACAACUCCAGAUCCUGAACAAGUUCGACGAGUACUUGAACAACGAAUAGCUCAAGCCCUAUCCGGACCUUCAUCACGUUUGAAACAUCAACAAACAAGUAGUGAAGAGCAACAACCAUCAGCAUUUAUCGGGAGAAGAAGAUCAUUGAUACGAUCAGCGGCAAUUGGAUCUGAAGAAAUGCACCUGGUUCCAGUUGAUGAUGAUGAAAUGGCCAUGUUACGAAGCAUAAAUCGAUCACAAUAUUCAAAGGGAUCAACAGAAGGAUCUACUGCGGAGUUUUCAUCGGAAUCGUUGUAUAAACACGAGUAUGAAGAUAAGUCAUCAGAUGAUGAUGAAGACUUGACAGUUAUUCAACAAUUGAAAAGUAGAAGAAAGUUAAGCAUGGUUCGGCAAGAAGAGCAGGAAGAACUGACUGCAUCAAUGGAUAGAAUGAACGUCGGUAGUGUUCAUAGUAGACGAGAAUCUGGUUUCCGUGAUUUAGAAAAUCGCCUAGCCGGAAUGCGCCAUGAAAAAAUGAGAUCAUCAACGAAAUCUGGAGACACGGGAGAUGAUCAAAUCAGUGGACUGGUUUAUGAUAAAGAAUUUGAUUGCUAUUACAAUCCAAAUACGGAGCGAUAUUAUCGAUUGAAAUCUCAGUCAAAAUCCGGAGAUGGAUUAGUCCUUCAACCGGAAGAAUUAUGAUAUUUGUUUUGCUAGAUAAAUAUUCAAUAUUUGAAU